AUGAUGAGCGACAUAGAUAACCUGGACCAGACCAACCAUGAUGACGGCCCUUACGAUGAGAAAAACUUCGAGGUGUAUGAUAAGUAUGACCAAGACAAUGAUAAUAAAGUGUUGAAUCAGCACAAAAUGGGGAAGCUCAUUUCUGAGAAGUACCUGCCCGACUUUAUAAACGAAGACGUUUUUUUCAUUGGGGAGAUUGUGAGCAGGCAGGAUAACUUGAUUAGUCUUAAGUCGGUGAAUGGCAACUACGUCGAAUGCGUCAUCAAAGACAAACUCAUCAACGCAUACACCAAGUACGUAGGAAUUAAAGGCACCGUGUCGGAAGACCUAAAAAUAGUGGAGACGCGGGGCGUCAUUCAGUUGGACGAAGUAAAUUUUGAAGUGGUCAAUGAGUAUGUAAAUAUUUGCAUGGAGAAUUCCAACUCGGAAGUUUUUUUAUCUUCUUAUUGA